CCCUUUAAUCAUUUUUAACAUAAAAUAUUUCAAACAUAGAGUAUAAAGUACAACGCACCCCAACAUACCCACCAUCCAGGUUCAAAUGUUAUCAAGAAUUUGCCACACAUGUUUCAGCUAUUCCUAACUGCUUGGCUCUCUUUCCCUCUGGCUGAAUUGUUUUUAAACGAAUUGCAGACCCCUUACAUACGCUAAGAUGCAUCUCUAAAAAAUAUGGACAUCUUCUUCCAUAACCCUAAUGCCUAUAUCCCAUCAUCAGUGGUGAGUCCUUUUUUUUUUUUUUUUUUAAGAGAUGGGGGUAUCUCAUUGUGUUGACCAGGCUGGUCUCGAACUCCUGGCCUCAAGCAAUCCUCCCAUCUUGGCCUCCCAAAGUGGUAGAAUUACAGGCGUGAGCCACUGCACCCCAACAUUAAUGGCGAUUCCUGAUGGGCCGCUCGUGAACUUUGGUCUGUGUAAUGGAGAGGCACAGAAGGGCUUUACAGGGUUGGGCCGUGUGUGCUCCAGGAAGAUGGAGGGCAGGGGCUUGUAGGGAAUGGUGGGGGCGUGGAGACUAGAGCAGUGGGCUUAUAAUGAAUGAGCUUAGUCCAGGUGGGAGGUGAUGGGCCGAUGCCUGGAGGUGGCAGGCUGGGUGGAGAGGAGGACGGGGACUGGCGGGAAGGACUUGAGGGGGAGCUGACCAGUCUGCCUCAAAUGGACCCUUGCCUGGAGGAUAUAAGAGGCUUUGGUGUGAGGCACGGUAGCUGCCACUGUCUGUGCCCACAGGUCCUGCAGGCAAGAGGGGGGCCCUUGUGCCAAUGCUCCCCUUCCUGGGAGAGCAGGCUCAUUUGGAUCACCUUACCCCGGGGGGCACCUCUCUGAAGAGCCUUGGCAAAACCUGUCCUUUGUCAGGCUUCGUGGGCCAGAAGUACCCCUUCGUGACUCAGGGACAUCAGCUGUCAAAGCUGGGGAAACCAAGGCCCAGAGAAGGAGUGCAAGUUUCCUAAGGCCCCCACAGGAGGUCAGAAGCAGAGCAGCUAGAAUUAGAACUUAGGUAUGUCUCUGACUUUCAGCCUAGGAUCACUCAUUAUCUAGAGCCUCCUCUUCUCUCCAAACCCUGCUCCCAGAAGAGGGGUGUCAUUAGCCAUUCAUGCCCAGGUGUGGAUAAGUUUAAAAAUCCCAGAGACAUCUGUACACUAAGCCUCCUUGCUAAUCACGGCCCAACUACAGAAUGCUAUUUAUGGAACAGCUACCACGUGCCACAAAUUGUGCUGGGAGCUUUCCAUCCCUCGCAUCCGAAAAAGCUCCCCCACACGAGGCAGGCACUAUUAUCCCUGCACUCUCCCAUCUCAGAGACAAGUGCACUACGAUGCAGAGAAGAUGCGGCUUGUGUAGGAUCCCAGGCGAGGGUGUGGCGGAGGCGGUGCUGAACCAAGUCUGUCUAACUGGAAAGUCCACACUCGCAAACACGAGCCCCCGUGGCCUCUGAGGGACAGGGGUGGCUCCCCAGGAAUGGGCUGGUGGGAGCUCCCUGGCCUCCUCCCUUGCUCUGCCCCCACUCUGCAGCAGCCAGAAGCCUCUCCGAGAACCAGACAGGCUCCAGACUGACCCUGACCUCGCGGCGGCCUUCUCCACCGGGCCGGCGCUUCCCAGGGCGGCUUACGCCUUCUGUGUCUGGGGCCAUCCGCAGACCUUGCCUUCUGAUGCCCGUGAGAGUUCGGUGCUGCCGCGGGGAGCACCUCAGUCCCCCUGUCUGCUCUCCGCCGCGGUCCGGGCGAAUGGCACCAUGUGGGGGGUCCCGAGCGGAUGCCUGCCCCCCUGGCAGCCUUUACUGAGGGUCUGCUCAGGGCCCUGCCCGGGGCUCUGUCACUCCGGCGCUCAGGCCCGAGGGGGCGGCGCCUCUGGAGACGGGACUGCAGGGAGAGACCCAGGCCCUGGAGACGGGGACCGGACCCUCCCCGGGGACGCUGGAGCUGGACCUCGAGGGAUGCUGGCGCAGAUGAUAUUAACCGUUUUCUUGAGCAACAAUGAACAGAUUUUAACAGAAGUUCCUAUAACACCAGAAACAACCUGUCGAGAUGUUGUAGAAUUUUGCAAGGAACCUGGAGAAGGCAGCUGCCAUUUAGCUGAAGUGUGGAGGGGAAAUGAACGUCCCAUACCCUUUGAUCAUAUGAUGUACGAACAUCUUCAGAAAUGGGGUCCACGGAGGGAAGAAGUGAAAUUUUUCCUUCGACACGAGGACUCCCCAACUGAGAACAGUGAACAAGGUGGCCGUCAGACCCAAGAGCAACGAACUCAGAGAAAUGUAAUAAAUGUACCUGGAGAAAAACGUACUGAAAAUGGGGUUGGGAAUCCACGUGUUGAACUUACCCUCUCAGAGCUCCAAGAUAUGGCAGCUAGGCAACAGCAGCAGAUUGAAAAUCAGCAGCAGAUGUUGGUUGCCAAGGAACAACGUUUACAUUUUCUAAAGCAACAGGAGCGCCGUCAGCAGCAGUCUAUUUCUGAAAAUGAAAAGCUUCAGAAAUUGAAAGAACGAGUUGAAGCCCAGGAGAACAAGCUGAAGAAAAUUCGUGCCAUGAGAGGACAAGUUGACUACAGCAAAAUCAUGAACGGCAAUCUGUCUGCUGAAAUAGAAAGGUUCAGUGCCAUGUUCCAGGAAAAGAAGCAGGAAGUACAGACUGCAAUUUUAAGGGUUGAUCAGCUUAGUCAGCAACUGGAAGAUUUAAAGAAAGGAAAACUGAAUGGGUUCCAGUCUUACAAUGGCAAAUUGACAGGACCAGCAGCGGUGGAGUUAAAAAGACUGUACCAAGAACUACAGAUUCGUAACCAGCUUAACCAGGAACAAAAUUCAAAACUUCAGCAGCAGAAGGAACUCUUAAAUAAGCGCAACAUGGAGGUGGCCAUGAUGGACAAGCGAAUCAGUGAACUGCGUGAACGUCUCUAUGGGAAAAAAAUUCAGCUGAACCGUGUGAACGGCACGUCAUCACCACAGUCACCUCUGAGCACAUCUGGCAGGGUCGCUGCUGUGGGGCCUUAUAUCCAGGUUCCCAGUGCCGGAAGCUUUCCUGUCCUGGGGGACCCCAUAAAGCCCCAGUCUCUCAGUAUUGCCUCAAAUGCUGCUCAUGGAAGAUCUAAAUCUGCUAAUGAUGGAAACUGGCCAACAUUAAAACAGAAUUCUAGCUCUUCAGUGAAAUCAGUGCAGGUGGCCGGUGCAGACUGGAAGGAUCCGAGCGUGGAGGGGUCUGUCAAGCAGGGCACUGUCUCCAGCCAGCCUGUGCCCUUCUCAGCACUGGGAGCCACGGAGAAACCGGGCAUCGAGAUUGGUAAAGUGCCACCUCCCAUCCCGGGUGUAGGCAAGCAGCUGCCUCCAAGCUAUGGGACAUACCCAAGUCCUACACCUCUGGGUCCUGGGUCGACAAGCUCCCUGGAGAGGAGGAAGGAAGGCAGCUUGCCCAGGCCCAGUGCAGGCCUGCCAAGUCGACAGAGGCCCACCCUGCUGCCCCCGACAGGCAACACCCCCCAGCCAGGCUCCUCACAACAGAUUCAGCAGAGGAUUUCCGUACCGCCAAGUCCCACGUACCCACCAGCGGGACCACCUGCAUUUCCAGCUGGGGACAGCAAGCCUGAACUCCCACUGACAGUGGCCAUUAGGCCCUUCCUGGCUGAUAAAGGGUCAAGGCCACAGUCUCCCAGGAAAGGACCCCAGACAGUGAAUUCAAGUUCCAUAUACUCCAUGUACCUCCAGCAAGCCACACCACCUAAGAAUUACCAGCCGGCAGCACACAGCGCCUUAAAUAAGUCAGUUAAAGCAGUGUACGGUAAGCCCGUUUUACCUUCGGGUUCAACAUCUCCAUCGCCGCUGCCGUUUCUUCACGGGUCGCUGUCCACGGGCACACCACAGCCUCAGCCACCUUCAGAAAGUGCUGAGAAAGAGCCCGAGCAGGAUGGCCCCGCCACCCCCGCAGAUGGCAGCACUGUGGAGAGCCUGCCACGACCACUCAGCCCCACCAAGCUCACACCCAUCGUGCAUUCGCCACUGCGCUACCAGAGUGAUGCGGACCUGGAGGCCCUACGCAGGAAGCUGGCCAACGCGCCCCGGCCCCUGAAGAAGCGCAGCUCCAUCACAGAGCCCGAGGGCCCCGGCGGGCCCAACAUCCAGAAGCUGCUGUACCAGCGCUUCAACACCCUGGCCGGUGGCAUGGAGGGCACCCCUUUCUACCAGCCCAGCCCCUCCCAGGACUUCAUGGGCACCUUGGCCGAUGUGGACAAUGGAAACACCAAUGCCAAUGGAAACCUGGAAGAGCUCCCCCCUGCCCAGCCCACAGCCCCACUCCCCGCCGAGCCUGCCCCGUCAUCAGAUGCCAAUGAUAAUGAGUUACCUUCCCCCGAACCAGAGGAGCUCAUCUGUCCCCAAACCACCCACCAAACUGCCGAGCCGGCGGAGGACAAUAACAACAAUGUGGCCACGGUCCCCACCACGGAGCAGAUCCCGAGUCCUGUGGCUGAGGCCCCGUCUCCAGGGGAAGAGCAGGUCCCUCCAGCACCUCUUCCCCCUGCCAGCCACCCUCCUGCCACCUCCACGAGCAAGCGGACCAACUUGAAGAAGCCCAACUCGGAGCGGACGGGGCACGGGCUGAGAGUCCGGUUUAACCCCCUGGCACUGCUCCUAGACGCGUCUCUGGAAGGAGAGUUUGAUCUGGUGCAGAGGAUCAUCUAUGAGGUGGAAGAUCCCAGCAAGCCCAACGACGAAGGGAUCACCCCACUGCACAACGCCGUCUGCGCCGGCCACCAUCACAUCGUGAAGUUCCUGCUGGACUUUGGUGUCAACGUGAAUGCUGCUGAUAGUGAUGGAUGGACGCCGCUGCACUGCGCUGCCUCUUGUAACAGCAUUCACCUCUGCAAACAGCUGGUGGAGAGUGGUGCCGCCAUUUUUGCCUCAACCAUAAGCGACAUUGAAACUGCUGCAGACAAGUGUGAGGAGAUGGAGGAAGGCUACAUCCAGUGCUCCCAGUUUCUAUACGGGGUGCAGGAAAAGCUGGGUGUGAUGAACAAAGGUGUGGUGUAUGCUCUGUGGGACUACGAGGCCCAGAACAGUGACGAGCUGUCCUUCCACGAAGGGGACGCCCUCACCAUCCUGAGGCGCAAGGACGAAAGCGAGACUGAGUGGUGGUGGGCUCGUCUUGGAGACCGGGAGGGCUACGUGCCCAAAAACCUGCUGGGGGUGAGCACUCAGGUUACUUACUGGGAAACCAGCUGUCCGUGUCUCUGUACAGCAUGCGGUCCUAUCCUGCUGUGGGGCUGGGGAGGGAGGCUUCGCUUCUCUGAGCCUCAGCAGCCCCCUCUGUAUAGGGAGAGGUGCCUACUUGGCAGAGCUGGCAUGAGGCUCAGGCAGGGCCCCAGAAGGUUCCCCCAGCCAUGCUUAUGCCAUGGAGGCCCGUGUGGAGGCCGAGUGCCCCAGUGAGGGGCCGCUCAUUGAGCUCAGUUCAUGAUGAACUUCGACAAGUGGCCCGGCUCACCCCACCCACACUUUCCCCAAUCUAGAAAUCUCUGCAGCCUAGAAAUUUCUCCAGUGGAGGGAGAGGUGGGAACGUGCAGGCUGCUAGCUUUGUGUUGGACUUGUGAUUCCCUGUUGAGCCAACGUUCUUGGACAGGCAAACACAGCAGGGAGCCAGGCAGAGACCCUUGCCCAGGGGAGCUUAUGACCUUGAAAGCCACAGGCAGUCACAAGUCUUUAGGUGUCAUUAAGUGCUGUGAGAAAAAUAGGAUAUUCUGGGGGUACGAGGCACAUUUUAAAGAGGGCUGGGUAGGUCUCAGUGUAGAGGUGCAGCUGAGUGUAGGCCUGAGGGACAAGGGUGCUGCACGGCUGUCCAGGGUGGCUGAGGUGAGGAGCAGGGGUCGGGUCUAGCUGGUCCUGCUCCGUGUGUGUGGCUUCCUGUCCUGAUGCGGCUCCGUUGCUUCCCAGCUGUAUCCACGGAUCAAACCCCGACAGCGAACGCUCGCCUGAACUUCCUUCUGGAGCACCGCAUGGUCUUGCCGGCUACCAGGAGCCACUGAAGAGAUUAUUGUGGUUUCCCCAGGAAAGCUGCAGCUAGAAAAUGGUCUUAAUGGUGCUCACUUUAGCAGACAGCGUCCACAAUGUGAAUCCUACAGUUUCCAGGUGAGGCCCUUUCUCCAGUUUGCCCAUAACUGGGAGAGGUACUUUCGCCUCCAAGGACUGAAUUUUGCCAAUUACUGUAAAUCCAAAUAAAUAUCCGCUUUCAAAACACCCACCCCUCUUGCCAUUAAGAAGUCCCAUAACCCCUGGUUGGUUGCCAGUGAAGACAGAAGCUCUUACUGACUUGGCCCCGAGGCCAUCACCCCCUCCAGCAGUGAACACUGUCCGCCGCUGUGAGGCCUGCUCCCCUGCGACCGCCCUGCCUCCUGUCACCGAAUCGGACACUCAUCCUUUCUCACACUCCCCACACACGAUCCUUCUUCCCUUCAUCACCAAAGAAGCCUCUGUAUGGAAACAUGUCCAGUGUUGUUGCCCAGUGUGUAUGCCUCCCAGCAACCACUCUGCUCGGCCGCCUUGGGGGUUCCGCUUCCUGUUCCAGUUCACCCAAAGGCUGACUGUACAGGCCCAGCACGGUGGCUGGACUGCUGCGCCAAGGGUACCAGGACCCCUAAGACCAAGUGACAAUUGGGAGAGCCUCAGCAUAUACUCUUCUCCGAUCUCACAGCCUGUCAUGCUGCUCAGUGUGGUUCUCGCCCCUGCAAGCUCAAAUUCAGUUCUCUGAAUGGAGUCAGGUGCUAGAGGCCGUGGCAGUGGAGGGUGGUUGGGGUUGGGGCUGGGGGUGGACUGGUUUGAGGGCAGACCAGGGCCAGGUAGACGGGGCUGUUUGGUGCCUGAAGGAUGGCAGAUGCCUGGUGUCAGGAGGGGCCGCCACCAAGGGGCAGCAGCUGGGGCAGAGGAGCUGGGGUCAGGGGCCACCCCGCUGCUGAUCUCCCUGCCUGGGCUGGCUGUGAGGCCACCACCUUUGUCCCAGGCCCAGCCUCAAGGCAAGGAGGGCGCUUCACUGAGGUGUGAAUUGUACGUACAGGCUUUUUAUAUACCAAAAGUAUUUUUUGACUAGACCAUUCAAAGCUACCCGAACUAUGUUGGAAAUUUUUUUUUUCUCAUUAAAAUACAGGCCAUUAGGCUCUAUUUUUCA